AUGACCACAUUACUCUUGCCAAAUACGCUUUACUGCUUUACACAACUUAUUCUUUCUUUUCUUUUUGACUAUCUUGUAUUGUGGGUGCCCAAAAUGUCUCCACAUCUCUCGUAUCCAGUCCGAGUUGAUUUGAUUGAACUUGUAAAUGUCGAUGUUCGAUUAGCGCUGAUUUUGUAUCCGUCACUAAAAACGGAUAAUUCGGUUACUAUUUUAAUUAUCAUUUUCCCUUGGAUUCUCUGUCUUUCUUUCUUUCUUGGUAUAUUCAUAUCUAUCUAUCUAUCUAUCUAUCUAUCUAUCUAUCUAUCUAUCUAUCUAUCUAUCUCAGUCUAUAGAUUAAUAGAUAUGAACGGCUCACUGAGUUCUUGCAACAAACAAAUAACACGUAUCUAUCUAUCUAUCUAUCUAUCUAUCUAUCUAUCUAUCUAUGUAAACUCCAUUAGGUUCACUGAGUUCUUGCGACAAAUAAGUAAUGCGUAUCUAUCUAUCUAUCUAUCUAUCUAUCUAUCUAUCUAUGCAUCUAUGCGUGUCCGUGUUUGUGUAUGUGAACUGUAUGAAAAAUAA